UGUCCACAAAGUUAAUAAGACUAAAUGAAACUGAACGUUAUAAAAUGAUUUCAGGAAUGUAUGAUACAGCAUUAUUAAGGCAAGACGUGGUUAAUUAAUGUUGCAACCAACAUUGAUUUUUGAUUUUGUGAAUAUUUUCUUUAUCAAACAGAAAGAAAAUAGUUUUAAAAUGCUGAUCACAAUUUUCUUAGGCGCUUGCCGACAUCUCCAGGUCACUUGCUUCAUCUGCUGAUCGGUCAAAAACCUUUAGAUGGUUAUUUUACUGACACAUUAAAAAGGUAAGUUUAAAAUUCUCACAGUUGCGAAGCUGAAGUAAGGGGCUGGUUGGUACUUUCACAAUGACUGACAUCCCCAGUAUAUAAACCAGUCUGUACUUUCUGUGCACUCAACUUAUUAGAACAGUUCACCUCCUGCUGAUUUAUUCUUACAGAAAACGUUCAACAACUUUAACUGUGGUAUGAAUAAGGGGGAAAUUGCUGCCACCAGUCUUCCUGUUGCUAUCAGAACGUGCUCUCAAAAUGUGGGAAUUAUAAGCCGAGGGUCAUUUAUCUGAUACAACAUUUUUGUGAGAGUGUUCCAGGAGCCGUGGUGGAUAUUUAAGCAUAAUGAACCAAUCAUCUGAACACUGGAAUGGACUGUUAAUGAUAGUCAUCGCUGCAAAGAAAUUUUCAGCUUCCUGUUGCCCAGGUGUGAUAUUAAUGACUAAACCCCUGAACCUCUUGUAGAGUUACUCUGCUCAAUCAGCGUGUAACCCACCCUGCAGCGGGACGGGAGUGAGGCCAGAUAAAAAGCCUUUUCCUUCAGUGCUUUGCCUUUAUGCUUCUUGAUGCCACCAGCUGUGAAUAGCACUCCAACUCCUCUUUGCUGCCUCAAUCAUACAGAAUGGAACUAAAUCCAGCCCCUGCAAUGUGUUUUAAACGUAUAACCUAUUGAAAUGAGACGCAAUUAAGGAGUUCCUUACAAAAAGGUGGAUGAAAGAUGUGAUGAAAGAGGCGUAAAGAAGCCGUGCAGUGACGACUCUGAAUAGCGAUCCGCGGGAACAGCAACCACUCAGCUGUGACGCGUCAUAAGCAUCACUGCAAACCCUCAUGUGAGGUCAAAGUGAUGUGUUGAAGGAGUCAUUCAGGGAAAGGCUCGGCUUUGAUCAGGCUCAUGUUUGUGCCAGAGAUAGUCGUUGAUUCUUACCGCCAAGAUAGAGUGGUAAUAAGACAAUAAGAUCAUUUGGAGGACUUAAACCUACGUAUUAGCUCGCAAGAUUAACGUCCAUAUUUAUUGUUGUGUGACCAUCCAGCCAAGUUGUCUCAGGUUUGUGCUUUUUGUGCAGCUAUAAAUAAACUAAUCACAUAUUCAGUGGUAAUAAAGGGGUCGAGAUGUGAUCCGGGACGCUUUUCUCUUUCAGUCAAUGGGAUGCUGGGGCUUGAACAAAACGGCCUAAGUGCCCGAAGGUGAAGACAUCCUGUUUGUGUUGAACUUGUCGACCCUCCACCUGUGAAUGGGUUUGCUCUUGUGAUUAGCUCCAUUCCCAUGUUCGUGGUUAGUUAGUUAGUUGGUGUGUUCGAUCAAGGCGACCAUGACCACGUGAACGCUCAAACCAAUUAUGGCCCCUGGCAGCGGCUUACGACCAGGCUCAUCUUGUGUAGAGGGAUUUUGGCAAAUUGGAUCAGGCUACUUACAGGGGCUUAGCAUGACGUACUGCAACUUUGAGUUCAAUCAUGAGGAUCCUCGGCAAUCCUCCACCUCUCCUGGAGAAACAACACCACGGUUAGCUUCACCUGUGUGUUAAAGAAGACAAAUUGGUAAAAGUUUGGGGAAAAUAAAGCGUCAAGAAAGUUCAAGUUUCGGUCACAAUGGGAGAGGAGUUAGCUUUGGAGAAAUAACAUUUCUUGGCUGUUCCCGGGUCACCCUGGGCUCUUCAUCUCUGCUCCCUUGCUGUGGGAUGGAUUACAGGCUGAGCUGACUCUCCUGCCCUGUUGGACCAGCCAGAGAGUGAAGAGACUGGAAUACAGGAGCUGCAGGUUGGCGCAUUCAAGAAACAUUUCCCUGAACUGAGGGGCUAACUGGAAAUCUUAUAGCUCCUGCUGUUCUAGAUCCUCAUCGACUUUCUUCUUCACAGGCGAGGACGCAUCACAGCUUGAAAAAUGGCUUUGAUGCCGGUCAAGUUCGACCUGAAGAAGCGGGUGAAGCUCGCCCAGACGGUCUGGUUCAUGUACUGGUUCGCCGUAAUGGCUGGCGUGCUGGUCUUCAGCAUGGGCCUGUUCUUUAAGAUCGAGCUGCGAAAGCGCUCAGAACUCAUGGACAACAACGAGAGCCACUUCUUGCCCAACCUGCUCAUAUUCAUGGGUCUAGUAGCCUGCGGCAUCAACGCCUUGGGAGGCAAAAUCUGCUACGACUCGCUGGAUCCUACCAAGUUCAUGAAGUGGAAGCCCAUUUUGAAGAAUUUCCUGGUGAUGUGCGUUGUGUUCAACUGCCUGCUGCUCGUGACAGCCGUGCUGUGCUUCCUGAUGAGGAUCCCCCUGCAGUUCACCCUGGCCGAGGGGCUGAGGAACGGCAUGAAGUUCUACAAGGACACGGACACGCCGGGGCGCUGCUACAUGAAGAGGACCCUGGACCUGAUGCAGAUGGAGUUUCGCUGCUGCGGAAAUGACAACUUCAGAGAUUGGUUCGAGAUUCAGUGGGUUAGCAACCGCUACCUUGAUUUCAGCUCAAAGGAAGUCAAAGACCGCAUUGGGAGCAACGUGGACGGCCAGUAUCUGAUGGACGGAGUCCCGUUCAGCUGCUGUAACCCCAGCUCCCCCAGACCCUGCAUCCAGGGCCAGAUGACCAACAACAGCGCCCACUACAGCUACGACCACUACACGGAGGAGCUCAACGUGUGGAGGCGCGGCUGCCGCGAGGCCAUGCUGUCCUACUACGGAGGGAUGAUGAACACCAUCGGAGCCCUGGUGGUGCUGGUCACGAUGCUGGAGUUUGCGGUGACCAUCGGCCUGCAGUACGUGAACACCUCCCUGUCCACCCUGGUGAACCCGGAGGACCCGGAGAGCGAGAGCGAGGGCUGGAUCCUGGAGAAGACGGUGGGGGAGACGUUCACCGACAUCAUGGCCAAAAUGAAGGCCAUGGGCAAAGGAACCAAAGUGGAGGAGGGGGGCGAGGUAGCGGUGGCCACGGUGAGCUGAGCGAACCCCCUCCUGCAAAAACUGACACCGCUCCCACCUGAAGAGGAGCUGAGGGGGACGUGUGAGAUCACAACGUUUUUCUACCAACAUUUAUUACGUAGACACUACCUACACACACAGAUUUGGCUAUGAACUCCUUCCAAACGGACUCCUUGCAUGAAUAAAUUAUAAACUGUUAUGUCCAAACAUAGACAGAGAUGAAGAGUAAGAAGAGUUACGUUAGGGUUUUUGUUUUGCUUUUUUUUUUCAUUUCCACCGAAUGAAUCCAUCUCAGGCUCCAACUUUUUGCUUCACGACUUACUUUAAAAAUGCCGUUUUCAUUUCAAGUCAGGUAAAUGUGAUGUGUGUUGAUAUAAUCGUCAGACUCAAGAUUGUAUAACAAAAUGAUAGUUUUGAAGUCCCUUUAUGUCGCUUUUAAAAAGCAAAAUUCUAGAUAAAAAAAGGAUGACAAAAUAAUGAAUCAUUAAGAAAACUAUUGCAGGUGGGGUGUCAGAGAAGCUGCUCCGUAGUCUGGAGGUACGGCAGCGGACGCUCCUGUACCGCCUGUCAGACGGCAGCAGGGUAAACACGCUGAUGGAGGUAAAAAGCUCGGGAAGUGUGAGAAGUUUUGGGAGGAUUGUCAGACACAAGAUUCAGCAUCAUUCUCCGACCGGCUGCUCUGUAGUCUGGUGCAACGGCAGCGGAUGCUCAGCGGUGGUUUUUGAGACCUGUUUAACACUUUGGCUUGUAGCUCAUACUGUACAUAGACAAAUCAAACUGAGUAAGACCUUUUUUUUAUACUCCAGUCCACCGUCAGAUCCUCUGGAUGAGCUCCUGAGAUGGAGUUAAAACGAUGAUUUGAAUGAAUCGGUAUGAGUUAUGUGUGAAUGUUGCAGCACGUGGUCGCCGAGUGAGGCGCGAGAACGGGGUCUCCCCGGGAGAGAAGCAGGGCCUCGAACCUGUGGAGGCGACGACUGAAACUGGCAGCUAAAUCUUGGCUCCGGACCGCUGUACUGUAAUCUCAGAUCCUCGUUGGUGUUUCCCUUUUUGUGCAUUCAGUAUCUGUAUAUUGACACGUAUGUAUGUAUGUAUGUAUGUAUGUAUAUUCUAACAACCGAGUUUCUUUGUACAUAGUGUAGAAAAAAAAAACGAUGAAAGAAUUUAACUUUUUUAAACAAGAUUGUAAUUAAGCUAAAUCUUUUAUUUAAAUCCAUGUAAAGACUGUUUUUUUUUUCCAUAUGAUUAUUUUAUUUUUCUU